AUGUCAUCUCAGCGGCUGCUGCAAUAUGACACCAACUAUCCGCUAUACGGAAUAUCAUUUUCCAACUCUUCCUCGCAUCCAUUCCGCAUAGCUCUAACGACCGUAUCAAACUCACCAUCCAACAAGCUGAUCGUCGUUGAUCAUCCCCAAUCACACCAUCAUCAUCACCACCACCACCACCACCAUCAUAAUGCAUAUUCCACAUCGAACGAUUUCCAGCAGAUAGCUAGUACUUCUCUGAACUUUCCAGCUACGAAGGUAGGCUGGGAACCUAAAGAGUCUUUAUCUAGUGUAGGAUAUGAGGAUAGUGGUGGAAGAGGGGAAUUGAUAGCUACUUCGGGUGAUGCUCUGAGGAUAUACGAAGUUGCAAAAGAGUGGAGUAGUCCAAAUGACGGUGGAUAUAUAAAUAAGAGUAAUAAUGGUUGGGUGGAUCCUACUUCUUCGAACGAAGGUAGUUAUACGGUUAAAAGUUGUAGUGUUCUUACUAAUAGUAAAGUCCCCCACGCAUCUUUACCACCCGUAACUUCCUUCAGCUGGAAUCCAGUCUCUCCACAAUCUAUCGUGACAUGCUCGAUAGAUACGACAGCUACUUACUGGGAUAUAAAUACGUCUCAGGCUAAGACUCAGCUUAUUGCUCAUGAUAGAGCGGUGUAUGAUCUAUCAUGGCUACCAGACUCAUCAGACAUAUUCGUCUCGGUCGGUGCAGAUGGUUCAUUACGUGCAUUCGAUCUCAGACAACUUGAACAUUCAACUAUAUUGUACGAGUCAAGUAAGGAUACGCCUCUAGCUAGGAUAGCAUUCAGCAAGAAAGAACAACACAUGAUGGCAUGCUUCGGGUUAGACGAUUCCAAAAUCCUAGUAUUAGAUAUGCGUAGCCCCGGACAACCCGUUGCUGAACUUGUGGGACAUUCCGCUCCGUUAGGUGCUUUGGCGUGGGGUGCACCAGGACGAGGUGAUUCGACAGGCGGCGGAUGGAUAGCAAGUUGUGGCGACGACUCUCAGUUGUUAUUAUACGACCUUACUUCCCCUUUACCCGAAUCUCAAUCACGUUCUACAUCUGCCACCAAGCCCACUCGACCAAGCACAAACUCACACACAAACUCCAAUACGAACACCAAUUCGUAUGGUAAUUUAUCACCACCUAUCACCCCGGACUCUCGAUCGAUAUCAAGGGGUGAAUCGUCGACAUCUCAGAGAAGUGGGAGUAGUAGUAGCGAUCCGAUGGAGAUCUUACCUGUUAGAGGUUGGACAGCAGAUAACGAAAUUAACAAUUUGGCAUUUUCAGAAAAAGGUGAUUGGGUUGGUUGUGUUAGUGGAGGUAGAUUGAAUGUUUUGGCAAUGUGA